UGCUCGGGCCACAGUGAAAGCAGAACCAGAACGUAGGGCCGAAUUUGGGCCAGAAACGUUAGCUAACGCAGCGUGUAUGCGAGAAGAAAACACUGAAGGAACCGUGGAACUAAACACACAUGGAUCCCAACCGGAUAAUCCAGGCUCUGAAGGGGACCAUCGACCCGAACCUGAGGAUAGCAGCGGAGAAUGAACUCAAUCAGUCCUACAAGAUCAUCAACUUUGCCCCCACCCUGCUUCAGAUCAUCGUGUCGGAGCAGGUGGAGUUUCCUGUUCGCCAGGCAGCGGCCAUCUACCUUAAGAACAUGGUCAGUCAGUACUGGCAGGACCGGGAGCCAUCUGUGGGUGAGGUCGUCUUUCCCUUCAACAUCCACGAAAAUGACCGGCAGCAGAUCAGAGACCACAUCGUGGAGGGAAUCAUCCGCUGUCCAGAGUCCAUACGCGCUCAGCUGACCAUGUGUCUGCGAGCCAUCAUCAAGCAUGACUUCCCCGGCCGCUGGACCGCCAUAGUGGACAAGAUUGGCAUGUACCUGCAGUCUCAGAACAGUGGCAGCUGGUACGGCAGCCUGCUGGCUCUCUACCAGCUGGUCAAAACAUACGAGUACAGGAAGGCAGAUGAGCGAGAGCCGUUGCUUGCAGCCAUGCAGAUCUUCCUACCGAGGAUUCAGCAGCUCAUCAGCCAGCUGCUGGCCGAUGCCACCAUCUUCUCUGUCCUCAUCCAAAAACAGAUCCUCAAGAUCUUCCACGCUCUCGUACAGUACUCGCUGCCUCUCCAGCUCAUCAACAACACAGUGAUGACUCAGUGGAUGGAGAUCCUGCGAGCCAUAAUGGACCGAGACGUCCCUGCUGAGACGCUGGAGGUGGAUGAGGACGACCGUCCCGAGCUGGCGUGGUGGAAGUGUAAGAAGUGGGCGCUGCGCAUCAUCACCAGGAUGUUUGAGCGGUAUGGAAGCCCUGGAAAUGUGACAAAAGAGUACUAUGAGUUUGCAGAUUUCUUCCUGAAGACAUAUGCAGUGGGCAUACAGCAGGUCCUGCUGAAAGUGGUGGGUCAGCACCGGCAGAAGCAGUACGUUACCCCUCGCGUCCUGCAGCAGUGCCUCAACUACCUCAACCAGGGCCUGUCGCACUCACUGACCUGGAAACAGAUGAAGCCACACAUGCAGACCAUUUGUCAGGAGGUCAUCUUCCCUCUCAUGUGCUACAAAGACGAGGAUGAGAAGCUGUGGCAGGAGGACCCCUAUGAGUACAUCCGCAUGAAGUUCAACCUCUAUGAUGACCACGCCCUCCCAGCCACCGCUGCCCAGAGUCUCCUGUGUAAAGCCGCCCGCAAGAGGAAGGAGGUUCUUCCUCAGAUGAUGGAGUUCUGCCACCAGAUCUUAAUGGACCCCUCUGCUGAUCCCCGCAAGAAGGACGGAGCGCUGCACUGCAUCGGAGCUCUGGCUGAGCUCCUACUCAAAAAGCGAAUGUACAGGGAGCAGAUGGAGCUGAUGCUGCAAAACUACGUCUUCCCUCUGCUGAACUCUCCCAUGGGUUACCUGCGGGCCAGGUCGUGCUGGGUGCUGCACUGCUUCAGCCCGCUGCGCUUCCACGACGAGCUGGUGCUAAGAAACGCCGUGGAGUUGGUUAAACAGGAUCUGAUAGAUGACAAAGAGAUGCCUGUCAAGGUGGAGGCCGCCAUCGCUCUGCAGACGCUGGUCAGCAACCAGGAACAAGCCAAGCUGUACAUCCAGCCGUACAUUCGGCCAGUCAUGCAGGAGCUGCUGCACGUGGUCAAAGAGACGGAAAAUGAUGACCUGACCAAUGUCAUUCAGAAGAUGAUCUGCGAGUACAACCAGGAGGUAGCAGCCAUCGCUGUGGACAUGACGCAAAACCUGGCAGAGAUCUUCACCAGGGUCCUUCAGAGUGAGGAGUAUGAGGAGAACGAGGACAAGACGGUCAUGGCUCUUGGCAUCCUGAGCACCAUCGACACCAUCCUCACCGUCAUGGAGGACCACAAGGAGAUCACUCAGCAGCUGGAGGGGAUCUGUUUGCAGGUGAUCGGCCUGGUCUUACAGAAGCCCAUCAUAGGUAUGGCAGAGUUCUACGAGGAAAUCCUGUCGCUGGCAUUUGGCCUCACCUGUCAGACGAUAUCCCCCCAGAUGUGGCAGCUGCUUGGCGUUCUUUAUGAGGUCUUCCAGCACGACUGCUUUGACUACUUCACAGAUAUGAUGCCUCUUCUGCACAACUAUGUUACCGUGGAUACGGACAUGCUUCUGUCCAACCCGAAGCACUUAGAGGUCAUCUACAGCAUGUGUAAAAAGGUGCUGACCAUAGAUGCAGGUGAGGAUGCAGAGUGUCAUGCUGCCAAACUGUUGGAGGUCAUCAUCCUUCAGUGCAGAGGGCGAGGCAUUGAUCAGUGCAUCCCGCUGUUCGUGGAGGCCGUGCUCGAGCGUCUAAUGCGGGGGGUGAAGUCCAGUGAGCUCCGGACCAUGUGUCUGCAGGUGGCCAUCGCUGCUCUGUACUACAACCCAGCCCUGCUCAUCCACACCAUGGACAACAUGCACUUUCCACACAACCCCCAGCCCAUCACUGCCCACUUCAUCAACCAGUGGAUGAACGACACCGAGUUCUUCCUGGGACUGCAUGACCGUAAGAUGUGCAUCAUCGGCCUGAGUGUGAUCAUAGAGCUGCCUAACCGGCCGGCCGUACUGGAGGGCGUUGCUGCCCAGAUCGUCCCCUCCAUCCUGCUCCUUUUUCUUGGCCUCAAACACCUCUAUGCCUCACGCCUAAUCAACAAACCGGAUCUGCUGGCCCGUGCAGGGGCUCAGGAUGAAGACCAAAACGAGGAGAUUCCCAGCGAUGAAGACGAGGUGAAUGAGAACCGAAACGCCAUGCAGCAGCAGUCAAGCAGGCCGGCAGGACAGGGAGGAGAGGACGACGAUGAAGAUGAAGAUGACUACUGGGACGACGACGGCUUCGAGGGAACGCCCCUGGAGGAGUACAGCACGCCUCUGGACUACGACAAUGGAGAGGACGAGUAUCAGUUCUUCACCUCCGCCCUGCUCAGGGUCCAGAAUACGGAUGCAGCGUGGUACCAGUGUUUGACUGCUCCGCUCAGCGACGACCAGAAGAAACAGCUCCAGGAGAUCUACAGCAUCUCACAGCAGAGGAGGAGCACCGCCGCCAAGGGCCAGUGGUGAGAGGAGCAGAACGAGAGAUGAAGAGACAGAGGCAGGGGGAGAAAUGUGCUCAAUACAUUCAGUUCAAGAUGUCUCUUAAUUGGAACAUUGGCCUGAAGGACUGUUCUGUCACACUUUUCAUAGUUUGAAGUGAAGAUUUCCAACUUUCUGGCACACUUUCCCCACACUCAGCCGAGGCUAGGGCGGGACUUCUACACUCAGUCUGAAACCAGUCCAAGCUUGCCACAAAUCUGACAGUUUAACAAAUAAUUUUUGCUCACACAGCUGUUUGAGCUACUGUGUUGCAACAGCUGAUGGAAUUUAUAUCUUGCUUCAAGGAGAUUCAGGCGGACAAAAACCUUACUUUAAAUCUGUUUCGAUGCAGAUUAUUUCUGCUUUAAGAGGAAAUUAGCAAAACAUGGAGCUGAAAGCAGAGCUCCGUUUAUUUAAAUGUGAAAGUGAAAUAAAAAGGUAUUGUCUCUAAAA